CUUUUUUGUAUUUGAAUCCGACUGGGCUCGAUCAGUAUCCACCCAUUGUCCAAACAUGAAAUUGACCAAAUUCAAUUACAACUCGAUCUAGCAUCAAUAACCAUGAAUGACUUAAUAUCAACGCUGUCUCCCAUUUUUGUUUGUGCAGCUCAAUUGUUGUCCUGAUGAGAAGGCUCAUUCUUCGACAAUUGUGUUUUCGACCACCAUUUGCUUCCCGUCUUCACCACUCUCUAUCUCCUCGGAUUCGCUCUUCUCCUAUUGGGUAUGUAACCAACUUCUUCUCUCAGGCUUUUCAUCGAACACAUUUCCGGCCUUCCCUUACUCUUUUGCAUUCACUGUUUUUCUCUACUUUCAAACCUUGUUCAGUCCAUUCUCUCUACAAUCCCAUCAAUUUCAAUGAUUUUGUAAGCGUAAAUCAUCAAAAUGAUGAUCUGGGUGUUAGUGAACUCGUCGAACUGGUGCAGAGAACCAAGAAUUGCACCUCCAGGAAGGAGGCUAUUGAUUUUCUUGCUAGUUCUGGUAUCAGUCCUGAUGCCACCCAAGUUUAUUUGGCUAUUUGGAAAUUACAGGAUGAUUGGAAGUUGGUUUUGUUAAUCUUUGAAUUGACCCAAAAAUGGGGUUGUAUUUCUGACAAAUUAUUGGGUUUGAUUGUUUGGGUAUUGGGUACUCAUCACAAGUUUGACACUGCCUGGUCUUUAAUUCGGGAUUGUUACCGUUUGGUGGAUACUCGACAAGCAAUGUUUGCCAUCAUAGACAGAUAUGCAGCAGCAAAUAACCAUGAGAAGGCCAUUAGAACUUUUGAUUUUAUGGAGAAGUUGACAGCAUGUCCUGACCAGAAUGCGUUUUACAAUGUCAUUAACUCAUUAUGUAAUUAUGGAAAUAUCGAAGAGGCUGAGGAAUUCAUGUUGAAUAAUAAGAAGCUAUAUCCACUCGAGACUGACGGGUUUAAUAUCAUUCUUCAUGGUUGGUGUGAUAUUUCCGUUGAUGUUAUCGAAGCCAAGAGGAUCUGGAGGGAGAUGGCACGUUACUGUGUAAUGCCUAAUGCAAUGUCCUACACACACAUGAUUUCGUGUUUUUCAAGGGUUGGAAACCUGUUUGAUUCUCUAAGGCUCUACGAUGAUAUGAAUAAAAGAGGCUUGACUCCUGGCCUUGAUGUCUACAAUUCACUUAUGUAUGUGAUGGUUCUCGAAAACUGUUCGAGCGAAGCUCUUAAAAUUCUAAGGAAAACCAAGGAGAUGGGUUUACAACCCGAUUCUCAGUCGUAUAAUUGUUUGAUUUGUCCUCUAUGUGAAGCUGGGAAAUUUGAGGAGGCUAGAAAUCUGUUGUCUGCUAUGACACAAGAGGGUGUACGACCAACUCGUGAGACCUACCAAGCGUUCUUGAAAGGUGCAAAUCUGCAACAUACUUUUGAAAUUCUGAGCCUGAUGAGAAACAGUAAAGUCGGGCCUGAUAACAAUACGUUUUUACUAGUUUUUGACAGAUUCUUCAAAUUAAGAGAACCUGAAAAUGUGUUAAAGGUUUGGGUCGAAAUGAGACAAUUUGGGGUGCAUCCUGAAUCAGAACACUACCAGUCUGUAAUACAUGGCUUGGCGAAUUGUGGUUGUUCGCUCAAAGCUAAGGAAUUGCACACCGAGAUGCUUUCAAAUGGCUUUGUCGAUGAUCCAAAACUAAAGAACCUGUUACAAGGACCCGAACAAGGUAGUGUACAUGGAAGAGUAGGCUCUAAGAACUUUGUGAGACAUCCAAGAGAUACAAAAGCCUUGCGCACAUCCCGUAUUAGGCCUCAUAAUGGAAGUAAAAAACGAGGCGGUAUAAGUUCCCGGAAGAAUCAAAAACUUGAAUGAUCUUCUGUGUAGUUACGCCAAGGCAUUUAGAGUGACCUACGAUGCCAUCUACUCCUCUGCCUCUAGCAUUUUCGCAUUCGAAUCCUUUGCAGAUUAGACUACCAUUUUAUGAAUUUAAGGUGAACUUGUGAAGGUUGAUACAUUUGGGUUUGUACAGAAGACCACAUAAAAGGAAAGUUGACUGCACACAAAUCUGAUGAGAUGAGGUUCUAUUCUAAAACCAAUUGGUAAAAAGGAGAAUAGCCCAUCAAGCUUAUAUGUUGGUCAAUCUCUUUAUUUUUUCGAUGUGAGAUAACAUGUGAGUUAUUUUUCCAACAAAGAUGACUAAUUAAACGUGUGAAUGUUGUUUUGAUGUUCAUCUUGUCACCAUCUCACAUUUGAAGCAGUUCGAAGAUAUUGUUUUUGUUUGACUAUUUCUAAAUUUGGGUUUGAAGUGAGUCUAAACCAUUAGUUUAAGAUUAGUCGGUAUCAUGAAAUUAUGUUAUUUCUGAGUAUUAUUUAUAACCCAUCAAUUCUAAUUAUAUUGUAUUUGUUUUUCUCUCUCACGUUAAUAAUAUAGGUUCUCUUUGUUCCGGUUGAUGUAAUUAAUAUAUAUUGUUAGUGAACCACAUUAAAACUUUGUGUGAUUUCUACUAUUAAUCAGUCUAUAUAUUUCUUAUAUUUGUUUUCAUCAUAGCACAACUAUUGUUCAAGCCAUAAUGUCGUAUAUCGCGGUUCGAUUGUGUGUUUUGUGCUACUCUAUCGCGGUCCGGUCGUGCGUUUUGUGAGA